AGAAAUAAAGUAUGGCAGCACGUUAGCAUUACCAUUAUACUAAUUAACCCCUCUAUAUAACCCUGGUUGUAACUUGUAAAACUCUUUCAGCCUCCCCUCCCUCACAAGCUCUCCAGAUUCCGCUCCCGGCCGCGCAACUAGCCAGCAGAGCGGCUCUGAGCCAUGGAGAAUUAUCACAUGCUCUUCGGACGGCCGUCCACGCAGCCGUCCUCUGCCGCCACCUCCAACUCCUACAACUUCAUGCUGCCCACUGCCGGCAGCACCAGCGGCGGCGGCGGCGGCCUGCGCGAUCACGAUAGAGGCGGCGGCCAGCACAGCGGGCAUGCCGGCGGCGUACCGUCGUCCUCUUCCUUCUUCGCGGAGCCGUCCAACACCUCCUCCAAGGACAGUGGCGCAGCAGCUAGCAGCCCUCCUCCAGCCGCAGGUAUCGGCCGCGGGGAAGAACCCGCGGCGGGGACGCCACCAGCAGCAGCCGAGGUGGACGGCAGGCUGCAGGCGGGCAAGAGGAAGGGGGAGAAGAAGGAGCGCCGGCCUCGGUUCGCCUUCCAGACGCGCAGCCAGGUCGACAUCCUCGACGACGGCUACCGGUGGCGGAAGUACGGCCAGAAGGCCGUCAAGAACAACAAGUUCCCAAGAAGCUACUACAGAUGCACUCACCAAGGGUGCAACGUGAAGAAGCAGGUGCAGCGGCUGUCAAGGGAUGAGGGCGUGGUGGUGACCACAUACGAGGGCACCCACACACACCCCAUUGAGAAGUCUAAUGACAACUUCGAGCACAUACUCACCCAGAUGCAGAUCUACUCCGGCAUGGGAUCAACCUUCAGCAGUAGUAGCCACAACAUGUUUCACUGAAACCGUCCAAAUUAAAUCACUUCAAUUCAAGCAUCGGCGGACCAUGCAAACUAAUUAAUUAAGCAGGAAAAUACAUACAUUUCAUUAGUUUGUACAUUAAGUCUUAGAUUUUUAAGAGAUCAAUAAGCGUGAUUAGAUAGCUAAGUGCAGGUAAUAUUACUCACGCAGUGGUUCUUUUUCUCUCCUUGGUCUUCUUUUUGUUUAUUUUAAUUUGUAAUUGUAGGCCAUGGAUAGAGACCGAUAUAUACACCGCCACAAAUUUAAAAGAUGCAUGUUAUUAGAUGGCAUUUCAAUGGAAAAUGUGAUACCACCCCUCAUUAUAUUGGGCUAGGAAAGCUUGUGUGUACUUCUUGAUUGAUCACAUAUGCGUUUACAUGGAAGAGAAUUUGUCAGAAA